UGGUAAACGUAGAAAGGGGCUCGUUUAUUUCGCUACCCCUUCUUUGCUCCCCCCAUCCGUCCCAUUUCGACAACCAAUUCACUUUUGUGAAUAACAACCUGGUGACUCUAUUGGCUAAGCUUAGCUUUAGCCUAUCUUCUCACCAUCCAGAACUAUAAAAAAGAUCUCGCUAACCCUUUAUCCCGACUCCAUCCAUCUACUCCCCACACAACUUCCUCCCUCACCACAACCCCACACAAAGCAAACCCUCCUCACACACACAUAACAAUGUCCUCCUCCCCAACUGCAAGCAGCAUUUGCUGUGCGCUUUGCAGCAGCAUCGGCCACGUUUGGAAGCAUUGCCCCGACCUCGAAGCCCUCGGCGCCACUCUCAAUGAAGCCCCUCCCCGUGUGUCCACCUUCACCCUUCCUCUCGAACGUCGUGCAUUGCCCCCGGGCAUGAGCAUAGAGAAUACCCCCGCUGCUCUCAUCAUCGAAAACCUUCUGAAGUUGAGCCACUCAAAGGUUGAUUGGGGCUUAGAUCUUCAGAUGUUCGCUUUCCAGAUAGCUCAGGUGAGCCACUUGCCUGUCGAUGUCUCUUCCAUUAGAGUUGGCAGCACAGGAGUAACAGCAGUCAUUCACACUCGCCCCGAAGAGUUCUUCGAUAAAACAUUCACCAAAGUCGAAGCCUUGAGACAGGUGUGGAUCUCCACCCUUGCAGCCCGUGGAUAUAACACAAUGGCUGCCACGGGCAACGUUACUCGCUAUGAGAUGCACGUUGACUAUAAAGGCCACUUUGGCUAUGAAGACAACUCUGGAUCGGUCCCUCGCCCUUACAAAAGCUUGUACCCUCGACUCCGUCAGCCGGGUCAGAGUUCCCCCAGACCUGCCUAUGAAAGCCCAUACCCGCCGGUGUAUCACCUCAAACAGCAAGGACCUACCGCAGCCAAGGCACAGGGCAGAGCUUGCGCAGCUUCUGAUUGUAUUUGCGGAGUAAGCCACUCCCUUAUGCCCAAACUUUGAUAAACAGCUAACGUGAGGCGUGCUAGUGUCCUCAAGGUCAUAAAGCGGGAGCUCGUGCAUCUUCUGCUACUACCAGAGUAAGUCUCGCUCCCUCCCUG